UUAGCAUUGCUUCACUUUUUUUUUUUUUAGAUAGUGGAAGUUUAUCUGAGAAUUCACUUUUAAAAAUGGGUUCGAUAGUUUUAAAAACGCUGAGCGUUUUAUUAGGUUUGUUUUUCAUACUUGUAGGUAUUUUAAAAAUAACUUGUUUUCUAAGUAAAGAACUGCACAAAGAUAUGAGAAAAGAGUACGUGAAGUAUGCUAAAGUGUUUCCAUUCAAUGAACUGAUAGGAUACAAAAUUCCAGCUAAAUGGUACAGAAAGAUCAUAGGAACGAUGGAAAUAAUUUGCGGAUUUGCUUUAAUGGUCAUUCCCAAAGCUAAUAUAAAAAAGGCAGCUAAUGUAACGUUGAUAGCUAUGAUGGCAUUAAAUAUAUACUCGCAUUAUAUGGUGGAAGAUCGUUUCGAACGUAUUGCCCCGGCAUUGGUAUUUUUCUUCAUGCUGAUCGGAAGACUAGUAAUCGAAUGGCAGAUUAACAGACAACAGCGAUUACUGAAUGGUGAAUUAAAAGUCCCCAAACACGACUAAAGAAUGAUGAUCGCUGCACUUCGAUUGAUUCAGACAGACGGUUGUAUAGUUCAGGUUAUGAAAAAACAUAGGUACCUAGACCUACAUAAUUAUUUCCUAUGCGAAUUUAAAUUGCUCUUAGAAUAAAUAUUGUAUAGUUUUGUGAAUGCGGAUCCUUAUUCUAUGGUAUGUACUAUGUAGAUACCCAUCGCUUAUUAUCUAAUGUAAAAACAUGCCUUUUGGUGUUGCAUAUUGAUCGCUGUAUUUCUAUGAAAUCUCCUCAUGUUACGACUCUGAAUAUUCAGUAGCUUGUAUGUAUAAUGUCAAGUAAGUAUAGCAAUAAAUGAAAAUUGUUUUUAAUUUUUAAGAAAUUGUAUAAAUUGUAAAUUAAAUUAUUGUUUAAAAUUGCUAUGAUAACGAUGUAUUCGAGAGUAAAUUUCCAAAAAUACCCGAAAUAAGACUUGCUCAAUCAUUAAGUUAUUUUGCAUGAUUUAAAUUUAAAAUGAUUGCUAUUUUUUGAAUGGUGUUCCUACUUUUUGUAAGUUUUUAAUUUUUGUCGACCUUUUUGUACUUAAAUUUACAAUUAUGAGAGUUGUAUGUAUUAAACCUCAUUUAAUAAAAAUACCAAAUUUUUGUUCUCUUCCUUCAA